UCGUUCCUCAUAAGGCAUGGUUUCCAGAUCCUUCACCAUUUUAGUUGCCCUCCUUUGGACUGGUUCCAGUUUCUCAAUAUCCUUUUUAAAUUGUAGUGCCCAGAACUGGCCUCAGAACUGGUAGUCAAUUGUUUACCAUAUAGCACCCCCUGCAGUUUACAGUUUAAAAGCUGCUUCCUUUGGGGGGGUCAUUCAUUACUAUUAAUUUGGUUUCUUUCAUAUAAAAGUAUUUCCCUUUUUAAAAUAGGUUGGCCUGCAGCUUUGAUAGCUUGAUAGUUUAUUGUUUCAUACACAUUUGGCCUACAGACAAGAUAGCCAAGAAGGAACAUCCAGUGCAGUUUUCAUCAUAGUAAUGACAAUAAGCAUGGCUAAAUACCCUUAAAGCACCAGAGCCUGUCUGAUCUUGGAAACUAAGCAAGGUCAGCCCUGGUUAUUGCUUGGAUGGGAGAUCGCCAAUGGUAAUCAGGUGCUGUAGGCUAUAUUUCAGAGGAAGGAAAUACAGUAUAACAAAAUCGCUUCUGAGCAUUUCUUGUCUAAGAAAGCCCCAAGAAAUUCAUAGGGUCACCAUAAGUUGACAGGCAACUUGAAGGCACAUGUACAUGAACACACACAGAGAGACACUCCCAGGUAGUGAGUAACAAAUAUGUUCAAGGGUCCCGCAGUGGUUCCCAAACUUUCAUCCUCCAGGUAUUUUGGACUUCAGCUCCCAAGAUUCCUGGACAUUGGCCAUGGUGCUGGGGCUUUUGGGAGUUGAAGUCCAAAAUACAUGAAGAAACAGAGUUGAUAAAGCUAAAGUGGUUGCUGAGCAACUUGUGUGUCUAUGUUGGCAAGUAGACCUAGGUCACAGAAGAUAUUUAGGACAGACUACUUGGUGGUCACACUUUGCUGUCUGACUGGCCCUCAAAUGGCAGGAAUUGGAACAGGUUGAUCUUCAAACUCUUUUUCAGGAUCUCCAUAGUCCAGGUUGGUGUAUGAGUUGAUACUGCUCUAGAAGAAGAAGUGGCCAAUGGAAGAACAGAAAUGGAUGUCAGACAUGGUCAAGGCAACAAACUGAAGCACAGAGGUUCUGGGAACUUUGAAGGAGAGAAUGUUUGGUUGCAGGAGUGGAUCCAUGAAGAACUUGCCCAUGGCGAAAUUUGGCAGAAGCAAUGCGAGACCCUUUUGGAGCAACAGGCCCAACUCAGCUCCUUGCUGCAGUCCAAGAGUUUAAAGCCUCUGGAGAAGAAGACCCAAGCACUGCAAGAGGAGCUGGAAGAAGCCCAGGAGGUCUUGCGGGAGUGCAUGAAUCGAAGGCGCCAGCUCCAACAACACAUCCACAAACAAGAAAAGGAAAAUCAUAGAAUGGUUGAGACAGUUAAAGAACUGGAAAAAAAGGUCUGCAAACAACAGUUGGAGGAGAAAUCGAGUAAAGACAUUCUGAAAGAGCUGAGAUCAGAAGGCAAUGAACUGAAGAGGCUCUUGUCUGAAUGGAAGGCCAAGACGCAGGCAAAGAAUGACAGGAUCAAACAGAAACAGCACCAAAUUGAGAAACUGAGCACCACCAUCCAAGGACUGUCUCUGAAGAGCCAGGAGCUGCACAGAAGCAUUACCCUCUUGGAAGACGGUGUGGUGGAAGCCCAGCAAGAAGUAGAACUUUUCCAGAAAGAAGUGCUUUCAGGACAUGGAGAGACUUCAACCACAUGGGAAGAACGAGCAUGUGACCAGAUGAAAAGACUUCCAUGCCGGGGACUAGAGAGAAUCCAUUUCAAAAAGAAGUUCUCCUAUUCUAUGUACUUUCCACAACCAACUUUCCGGGGAGCUUGGAACCUGCUAUGGGCAUUCGCCAAGGUUCUGCUUCUGACCCUGCUGUUGAGUCUGGCCUUCCGUUUCAUCUAUGGCUCAAUCUUCAACCAACCAUGUUCACAGCUUCACUCAGCUCCUUUGCUCUAUAUCCGAUCCAAGAAGCUGUUGCCCCCUUUAGAUGCAUAAUGGCUGUUACACACCUGCCAUUAAUGUCCUCCAAUAAAAUUUAACAAUA